UGGAUGACGCUUUCGAUCCGCAAUGCCAACUUCAAUUAUUUACAUUAGCGACUUUCUAGUAAUUUUUGUAAUUUAUAUUUUCAACCUUAAAAUUAUUAAUUUAAAAUGAAAUUUUCGUAGUGUUUUGUAAUUCCAUAAGGGUGUUAAUAAAUGGCCGUAAUUUAACGGGCCGCCGCGUUGAAUAGACUGUGUGAGCGAUGUGAGUGAAAACUUGUUAUUAUUAACCGAGCAUAACCUUUUAUUCUAAGUUUCGAUUUAAUUUAUUGUCUAAAUUACUUGAUCGUGCAUUAAACGUCCUCAAUGUGACUUAUUUUAGUGAUUAAUUCAACUAUUUCAUGUGAUAAACUGUAAAAGAUGUUCUGUGUACAAGAAAGCGACUCCCACGCGGACCCGUUCUCAAACGACAAAGACCCGUUGAGCACUAACCAAUCGGAGUCCAGCGAUGAGGAGCCAAGCGCGAAACGCCUCAAGACCUACACCAGCCCGUCACUCAACCUGAAAGUCUACCAAAUACCAGCGUACAGCACACCGAAAUCACUGUCAAUCUUUCCGGUGUCCCCGAGCACACAACUGCCGAAAUUUGUCAACAAUCCGCUGAAUUUGGCCAAUCCGUUGGCACUAGCGACGAACAACACAAACAAUGUAGUGAAAUCUUUACACAGUCGGUAUUCCUUACCAGCCAAAUUGACAAUAACACCAGUUCAAACGCCCGCGAAGACGGAGAUCGGGGAAAUCGUGAGGUAUAAGAAAAAUGGUGAGAUAGCCAAGAAGAGAGGCCCACCGAAGGGGUACAAAAGGAAGCCCAAAGUCGAUCUGUCUUGCAGCUUGACCAAUGGAGCUUUGUUACAGGCGCAGAACACGAUACUAACGAGUCUCCUCGCCGCGGACCCGGCGCUGGCCCCGCGCCCGCCGCCCGCCGCCGCGCCGCGGGGCACAGAAUUAGUAGAACUGGAUCUAGAUCCGGAAGACUGGUUUCCCACUGAACCGUACAAGAUGGUGUUCAGCCGAAAGAAGAAUCCCAAAUGGAAGAGCUUCCCGUACAGAUGCGAGCACUGUUUCAAGGGAUACCGCGUGGCCUCAACACUGAUCCAACACGCGGCGGAGCGCCACGGCAGCGUGCCCAGAGAGCUGGCAAUCCCUUGUCCGUGCUGCCCUCACGUGUCCACCAGGAGGAAACUACACAAGAAACAUCUGGAGUCCCAUGAGAGCCGGAAGCAUAGGAUCUUCUGUCUAUAUUGUUUACCUCCACCUGAUCCUAAAGAGCCAUAUGUCAAAGAAUCAGAGAAGUAUCCAUAUGACAAAUUCCCCCAAUACUGGUACGCUUCGGAAGAAUCGCUCAGACUCCACAAGAAAAGGAAACACCCCGAAGCAGCCAUGUUUAAUUACAAUUGGUUCGCAACAUGGGCGGAUUACACGCCGAACAGCUAAUAAUCCGUGAGUUCUUCUCAAUUUUGUCGUAUAAUCUGUUUUUGUUGUGUCUAUGGGAUUAUAUUGUGGUCUAUAUUUGUAGAUCUUUCUUUUUGUGUUUUUUAAGCCGCGUGUCUGAGACUCUCGGGAGUCCGUCAGUGCCUAAGUUUGGGCGUGGGACACGAAUGGGGUUUAAUUGUAAACCAGAAAUGUGAUCAGUUUCGUAAAAUGUUAUCUUCAAUUUUUUUUUUACUGUAAUAUAUUGAGUGGUUAAAGAUCGUGUUUUUUUUUUUAAAUUAAAAUGUCGAUUAAUUUUAGUACAAGUUCAUAUUAAUUAAUAUUUUAUAAUUUUCUUACAAGUAGCGACAGCUCGAAGCUAAUAUUUUUAAAUAAAUCAAAAUAUUGUACAUUUUGCGAAAUUUAUUAUCACAUUUUUUUGUUGUUUUUUUUUAUUUCUAUUUUCAUUGACGACAGUUCAGUAUUGAGGCUGACAAAUUGAAUAAAAAUCGUAUUUCUUGGUAUUCCAAUAAUGACGCUGGCAACUCUGACAGUAGUAGCUUUUAGUGGUAGUAAAUUUAAAAACGGUAGUUUUGUAAAGAGUAUUUGUAUAGUAGAUUUUAAUGCGACUGGCAACACUUAGUUUUUAAAAAAUAUGAUCAAAAUAUUCCAAGGUAUUUUUAAAAUAAUAGUUUUAAUGAUAGUGCAUAUAAGAGUGUGUGAAAAGCAUAUAUACUUACUUAAAGUAUAAACCAAAACUAUUUUUUUUACCACGAAAUUACUUAUAUAAUAGAAAAUAAGACUCUGUAUUAUAGAAUCACACAACGUAUGUGUAUCUGUGUGCCCACACACUACAAGUGCAACCAAUUUAAUACGUCACACAUUUGACACGUCGUACGUCAAAAUUCAUAAAUGUAUCCUUGUAACGGAGGGCACACAAUAUUUAUUGUUCCAAAAUCAGAAUUAUAAAAACUUUAUAGCAUUAAAAUAGUAUAUAAAGAGAAAGAACAAAAGGAAUUUUUUGACAGUUCUAGCUAUAGGUUGACAGAUGUCAAAUGUGACAUAUUAAAUUGGUCACAUUUUUGUCAAUUUAUUUUAUAUCACAACGAAAAAUAAAAAAAUCUUCACAAAUUAUUCCACACCAGAUAAAUAAUUUUAUUCGAAACUAUUACAGUUUUCCAUUACACAAUGUACAGUUAACUAAAUCAAAAAUGGUGGCCGCCGCAGACACUCAUAUCUUCCAAAUUAUAAUCGUUUAUUCAGAAAUUAGACCGUUCCGAAAUGCCUGUAGUUUGUGGCUUGUGAGAAAUUACUAUUUAAUAUAAAAUUGUCGUGAAAAAGUGCCUGUGAAGGUGAUGACACUAGGAUAUAAUAAGUUAAAAAGAUAUCGUACGUACCUAUUAUAUACCUACGAUAAUAAAGGUCUGUUAUUAUUAUUUUUUUUAUUUCCUGGCUCCAUCGUUCGCCAAAACUAUGAUUUUGCCAACGUCAAGGUUGAGAUUGACACGGAAUGUAAUAUGUUAUAAUAUCAAUAUUGAUACACGGUUCAGUUCACUUUCUGAUAAAAUGUCGUAUGUAAUCUGACAGAUAAACUGUGGAAUACAGUUUUAACGCUAUCUGUUGGACAUGUUAAAUAUAGGCUAUCAGAUAGUUUAUCAGCAAGCGAUGAAACAGACCAUGAAUCUUAUUGUAACAAAACAGACAUAUUUUAAUCAAAAAUUUUUUUUAAUGUGCUUUACGCUUUAUACAUAAAGCUGUAAUUUAUCCCAAAUUCUUUGAGGGACUUUAAACGAAAAAAAAAGUUUUAUUAUUAAUUUUAUUUUGAAAUAUAUAUUUCUGUAUAUAAUUUUCAAUUCAAAUCAUUUAUACGGAAACCUUCACAAGUAAUUUUCACAUCAAACUUUAUAUAGUAAUUUCUCAAAUAGCUGAAAACUAAUUUUAUCACAUAGGCAGCUAAGUUUUUUAUAAUAAAAAGCGUGCCUUUAUAAAAAUACGGCAUUCCUUCAUAAAUUAAUAAAAAUAUGAUAAUAUUUAAGAAUCUAUCAUUUUCAUUCGCAUUACUUUUGUUGGUUCUAUACAGGAAGAUUUUUUUAAAAUAUUAAUUCCCGUAAAUUAAUUAAAUUUUAUUAGAAAAUACUAAUAAAAUUUAUCUGACGCUUCAAACAAAGCAUAGACACAAAAAAAUAUUUUCAGGAAUUCAGUCGACUGUAUUAGAAUCUGUCGGUGUGGAGAAUGGAUAAUUCCAGUCGACUUUUAUCACCAAUUUCUGUAACAAUUUUGAAAUGUGAAAAAAAAAUCAUUGUAGAGUUAAAGCGCCACAACAUAUUUGUAUUAAUAUAUUGUAUUGUAUUAAAAUAAAGGCCUGUCUAAAAUGGAGUGUCAUUUUCAGUGUACGCAUUUUGGGUUUGCGUUUUCUUUUGCAGUCUAUAGUAAUUGAAUUCAUUGUCACGUUUUUGGAAAAUUUAAAGAAAAAAAGUCUUCUUGUACACAUUCCAAGUAGUGUAGUGUAAGAGCCUAGGAUACAUAUUUUUAAACGGCAUAUUUUUAACGCCGUAUCCAGUAACACAUGUACAAAAUAGUAUAUAGCAAUAUUUUUUAUAUGAAUUUUGAUGCAUUUAAUAUUGUAAUCAUGGUUAGUCUAGCGAUCGGACAGAGAGCUUCAUAAAUAUGUUUUUAUUUAUUUAUUUUUAAACACAUGAAAUAAUUAUAACUUUUAAUAAUACAAUUUAACUUUCUUUUUAUAGUAUGGUAUCAAAAGCAAAAAAUCCUAAAGACUACUUGGGUAUACAUCAAAACAAGCAACUUUUAUUCUACGAGUUUUCGUGAUUCGUAGUGUUUUUUUUUUUUCAUAUAAAAAAAUACAAUCUAAUCUGCGAUUCUACACAUGUUAACUCUAUGUAAUAGCCAAGCAACACGAGACAGUACACUAGCGCUGUGUAGCGGAAUCGAACGUAGAGUUAACGUUUUAUAGAAACGACAUUAAAACUAAAAAAUAUAUUUUUUAUUUUAGUUUUAAUGUCGUAGAACAAAAGGUGUUAGUCUCUAUGUACCUUAUGCGCCUUUGGAAGGUUAUGCGUUAGAUACCAGUAUCCCUAUAUAUAUUCGUUUUUAUUGAAUUUUUAUUAAAACAAUAUUUGAAUAUGUCAUUUUGAAUAUAUGUUGAGCUCUCUGUCCGUUUCUUCUGUAAUAAAAUAGACAGGUGUUGCACCCUAUAGACCAAAACUGAACAGUAUUAGUGAAAUUAUAUUGUAAUUUUUUAUUUCCUUAGACAUGUAUUCGUAGAAUUUUUGACGCUUGUUAAUUUUCGUAUAUAAUUUUUGUUUGCAAUAAGAGCAGAGCCUUUCAUGGAUCGUGUUACGUAAUUACCAAGUAGUAUUAUAAUGUUUUACCAUAGAUUUAAAACGUGAAUCUUACGCGAACCAUUUUGAAAUGAUUAUUUUCACAUCACGUCGACGCACUCAUCGAUCAAAUUUGAACAACCGCGACACUAAAUUAUUUCAACUAAAGAAAAUUUAAAAUAAAAGUUAUAAGUAAUAAACACAAUUAAUUCAGGCAGCUUAAAUUAAGACGUUUUUUUUACAAUAAAUUUGUAAUAUUUUCAUUUUAAAUUGGUUAUUGUAAAAAGAAUUAAGCAAACAAUUUUAUCUUCGUCUUGUAACAUUAGUUUUUAUGUAAAUAGUGCAAAAUUAAAUUAUAUUUUUUUCUCGUAUGUGACGUCAACGCCGCACACGCGGCAACAUUUCAAAAAAGAAUUACAAUGUUCACCCGUGUCUUAUAUCUAAAUUGUAUAUUGACUAUUAUAUAAUGUAAUCAAAUGAAUUAUUACAUUAAAUAAAAAACAGCCUUUAGAUAAAAGAAGCCUUUUUAAAAUUGUGCCAGUGCUAUACGCUUUAAGAAUAUUUAACUUCAUAUAUGUCGUGGAAAAUUUUAUGUAAUAAGUAUGUUGGAAUAUGGGAUUGCCUGUUUAAUACGUUAAAUAAUUCAGUCGAUUUUAGUGAGCAUGAAAAUUCCAUCAAUAUUAACAAAAAACAAUGAAAAAGUUGUUGUUUCUCGAACAAAAAAGUUAAAAAAAUUAAAGUCUAAAUAAAAUAUUGUGUCUAGGAAAAAUAUAUUAUUAUUUAAAACGUCUAGGCACCUACAGAAGACAGGUUAUAUACAUAUAGCUAUGACUUACUGUAUAUAAACUUGAUAAUAAAAAAUCGUAUACAGAGUUACUGGUAUCAAACGCAAAACCUCCUGAAGACUACUUGGGCACAUCGAAACAAGCAACUUUUAUUCUACGACUUUUCGUGAUUCGUAGUUUUUUUUUUCAUAUAAAAAAUACAAUUUAUAUUGCGAUUCUACACAUCUCAACUCUAUGUAAUAGCCAAGCGAUACGAGACAGUACAGUAGCGCUAUGUAGCGGAAUCGAACAUAGAGUUAACGUUUUAUAGAAACGACAUUAAAACUAAAAAAAGCGAAAACAAUGUAUUUAUCGCGUUUAGACAAAAGUCGUAGAACAAAAGAUGUUAGUCUGUAUGUACCUCAUGCGCCUUUGGAAGGUUAUGCGUUAGACACCAGUGACCCUGUACUGCAAUGCUACCAAGUGGGGAUUGGAAUUCAAUAAUAAAACAUUAACAAAAUCACAAAUAAAACGUGGACCUCAUUUACACUAAUUUAUUGAAUAAAAUCAUGUAAAAUGCAACCAGCAGAUCUCAUUUUUCAUAUGUGUUUUUUUUUUCUUCCGAAUGUUGAUCUAAUGUACAUAGUAAUGAAAAAGUUUUAACUGUAAGUUAUUUUUUAAGAAAAUUAAAAAAAUAAUAUUUAAAUCAUUUGUCGGGUCACCAUUGAACAUAAUUUAAAAAAAAUAGUUUUUUCGAAAAAAAAAUAUCGCAUUUUAACAUCUUGUAAACUGAUUAAUAUUAUAAUUUGUUUUAAAUAAAAUCUUUUCAGUUUUUCAUUAAUCAAAACGUUUACCAUUAAAUAACAUAUUUCGUUUGAUCAAUGUAAAAGUUUUCUAUUUAUUUUAAACUAAUUUAUUUAAUUCAGUAUUCGUUGAGAAUUAAUAGAUGUAGUUUUUAAUAGACAAUUGUUAAACAGUCAUCUUAACAUGAAGCCGUUUAAACAAUCGUUUCAUGACAUGACUUAACAGACCAUAAGGAAUAUGUUUUGUCCCGUUCUUUCAUUCUCAAAAAGGAAAUGUUUUAAUCGAAAAUUGCCUGCUUCACUUCAAUAAUGUAUAUUAUUAAAAUGUUUAAAAAAUAUUAAGAUUUUCUAUAUAUAUAUAUAUUUUUAAAAUUAAACCCUAUAUAUUUUUUAAAUUAAAAUUAAAAAAAAACCCCUUGAACACAAGUGAGUGUAAUUUUGACUCAUUUGUGUUUAAGGGUUUUUUUUUUAAACAGUCUUUUUCAACUCUCUUUUUUAUAUGAAACUUUGAAAUCGAGACAAAACAUAUAUAAAAUUGAUUUUUAUAAUAAUUUGGUAACUUUUGUAUAAAGAUUUGAAACAGUUCUCAAUACACUAGAGCAUAAGUGAUUCGUAAUAGUUAUCACAUUGCUUUAGUCCCAAACACAGAGGCUUUAUCUACCUCGUUAGGGGGAGCCCACACAAGAGGGUAGUGAUCGAAUCGUAGACAGAGAAAACUAGACAUAAUAUGUUUCGCUUCGUUCGUACAAAAGAGAAACACUUAUUAGAUAUAUAUGAGAAAAAAACAGGACGGAGUGCUAAUAUUUUUUGUCCCUCAACGUGUCGGUUUUACAACGCCAGACUUGUCGCUUUAGGUGGGCCGGGAUUUUGUGUAUGAAAAUGUUUAUAUUAUCUCAUUUAAAAAUAUGACCGUGGUCUAAUCGUGAUCAUCGCGCCGGACUGCUACACUGGAGGUCCCGGGUUCGAUCCCCGGUCAGGUCAACAUGGGAAAUUAUCUUUUUCAAAUUGACCUCGGGUGUUUAUUCGUCCUGGCUUCGCUCGGAUCACACCAUAAUAAAAAAGUAGCAUAAGGUUACUCUUGAAGGUUUUGUCUAUUUCCGUGCCAAAUUUUAUCAAAAUCGGCCCAGUAGUUUUUGUGUUUAUUCAUUACAAACAAAAAUACAAAUCUUUUCACUUUAUAAUAUUAGUAGUUAUAGUAUCGUUGAGUUAGUAUCCCGUAACACAAGUCUCUAACUUACUUUGGGGCUAGCUCAAUCUGUGUGAUUUAUCUUAAUAUAUUUAUUUGGUUAUGCUACGUCCUUGUCUUUAUUAUUGUUUCCCUUUCCAUAUGGAUAAUUAAACCGAAAAAAGUCUAGUUUUCUUUGUUAUGAUCUGCGCCGACGCAAACUAGUGAAAAAGAAGGUGGCUCCAUUACAAUAUUUUUUUAACAUUAAUUCAUUCACUAGUUUUCAAAUGUGUUUUGCGAAGUGCCUUUGGCUAUUGGACUAUGAAUAUGUAAAUAUUGCAGACGAGAAUUACACGACUCCAAAAACUUGUGUAUCAUUAAAUUUAGGAUGAUAUACAUCACUUAUUGACGUCAAAAAAAUUACUUAAACUAAGUCUACUGCCGGCUUCCAAAGCGCAGGUGAAGAAGAAGCGGCGCAACAAACUUCACCGCAGCCUUUUCUCCAAGGACGUCAAUUAACAAAUGUGUUUUUACAAAAUGUCAGGGCGUCAUUUUUGUUGACAUUUCGCGGCGACUUUUUUUUAUAUUUUGAAACUAAUUAUUGCCCGCGGCUUCGCCCGCAUUAAAUUCGUGCAUCCGAUAAUAAUUUAUUAUCGUCAACAUCUCGGGUUCUAAGCAAGGUAUCGCGAUGAAACCUAUAUCAGACUUUAAGAUAGACUAUCCCCUAUAUAGCUGUGUGAACCGCAUCAAUUUCCAUCUAGUAGUUCUUGCAUGAUGCGCGAACAAUCAUACAGACAGACAAAAAUAAAAAAAAAAAAAGUUUUGGCUUCUAUUAGUCCCUAUAAUUACUUUUCGUUUUAUUAUAUGUAUAGAAGAUAUAGAAUUUGAAAAUAUAAAUUUCUUUCAUGUAAUUCUCGUCUGCAAUCGAUCUACCCAUCGACUUGGCAGUAAUACUCGAUUAGAAUUAAUAUAAAAUUAAGGAUAAUUAAUUUUGUACAAGUAUUUUGUAAAUAAAAUUGCAUUUUGUACUGAAA